AUUCAUCGUUUUUCCAUCGGCAAUGAUAGUCUUCUUUUCAAGCAAUGAAGUUGACCAUGCAAUAUUUUGGCAUUAAAACUAUUAUAGCCUCCAUAUCUUUCUUGGGUGCGAUGUACUUUCUAUGUUUCGUCGCUUGGGACACUCAAAAGCCUUUCUGGACGUCUGUGAAUUGCAAUAUAUCUGAAACCUUGGUGGGACUACAUCAAACUGACCCAAAGUUGAUCCAAUGCCUCCGAACUCUUAUCAUAGACCCACCAAAGCCAUCACCUUAUUGCCUUGCAGAAAACUUUCGAAGUUUGUAUGAGCAAGACAAGAUAAUCGUAGAGAAGAUGGCGAACCUUAGCCCUGGAAAUUUCAUCGAGAUUGGUAGUGGAUCAAGAACCAGCAACACAUUUCUUCUUGAACGAACCAAUAAUUGGACUGGGCUUCUUGUGGAGCCUGAUGAGAGAUCAUUUGCCACCUACCUCUCAUGUCACAGAAACGUCUCUUUACUCAAUAGUUGCAUAUCCCGAGAUCAAUAUGUUGAGAGAACCAAUUUUAUUCUCCACAAAGGUGGAGGAAGUCGUGCGACUUACUCCUUGCCUAAGAGAUAUUUGCCUGGGUUUAAGCAUGUGGCGGAGACCUGUUUUCCUUUAUACUCGAUAAUGUUGGCAAUCAAUCGCACCAAUAUUGGAGUGCUAAGCCUUAAAUCCGGUUACGAAGAGGACGCAAUUCUGGCCAGCCUUCCUUGGGAUAAGGUCAACAUCAGUUUGGUGGCGGUUCCAGUGACUCAUUUUGUGGACAGAGGAGCAGCAGUUCGAAAAACAUUAACACGCAAUAAUUAUGAAGUCGUCGCACUAGCCAUGGGCAAAUUCGACAUCAUCGCCGUUAAAAAACCUGAACGUAAACCUUAAUGAAAACAAUAAAAUCGCUUCUUAUGGUCUAUCACAACCAA